GUCACUCUUCUCUGUCGCGAUACCGGGGCAGCUGGCAGCUCCGUCUCGGCGUUUUUUAAUUGCUUGUGGAGUAUUUCGGUUCGAUCCCCCCAUUGAGAGCGAAGGGGGGGGGAGUCUCCGUAUGCUGCGGAUGGAAAUGAAAGUGACGCCGGGGGUCUGACCGACGCUGGUUUCCAGGAGCCGGGGGGCUGUGGAGACACUGGCAAUGUAGUGACCCCGAUGUUUCAUUUAAGAUCCCUGCUAGAUGUAGAUGUGAUAUAUGUUGGGCAAAGGAACAAAGAGGAAACUGGACGAAGAUGAAGAAGGAUUGGCGGAGGGAGUGCUGGUGGAGGGUGGGCCGGGGAGUACAGGGGACCCCUCCUCCAAGCUGUCCUACAGCCUCCAGCGGCAGACGGUCCUCAGCCUCUCACUGAUGAAGCUGUACCACCCGCGGGCGCUAGCUGAGCCCAGUCUGGAGCGCCGCCUGCUGGUGAACAACGUGCUACGCCGCAUCCAGGAGGAGCUGAAGCAGGAAGGCGGGCCUCAGGCCUUCUUCCUGCACCCCCCGUCACCCCCAUCUGACCACCAUCCCUUAGGGGAGGGUUUUCGUGAGGCUCAGCCAGCCUUUGGGGUCCCGCCUGUCGCAACCACGCCCUUUCUGUCGCCCACGGGCCUCGCCCCCGUGCCGCCAGACUCCUGCCUCACCCCCGCCUCCUUGCUGGAGGAUGACACCCCCUUGUUAUGUACUCCGCUGCCCACGAGCACGCCCCAGAGGCCAACCCCUAUCAUUGCGAAAGACAGUUUCUCUUCAGCCCUGGAUGAGAUUGAGGACCUUUGUGAGACGCAGGGUCCGACUGCUACCUCCCCCCCCAGCCCUGCAGGGGCGCUGCCGCACCUACCCUCUGUGGCCCCUAUGGGGAUAGACUCCAAAGACGGGGCCAAGCCCUGCAGCCAAAAACCGGGGGUGUCGGCUUUGCUGUCAGAGGGCCAGCCUGCAGCGGGGGCGCAAGAGUCCCGGCUGAUGGAGACCCAGCUCCCAAGUGGACUGGACAUCAGUUCCUCCUCUUCCUCCGGUUUCCUCACCGACCUAACCCUGGACGAUGUCUUGUUUGCCGACAUCGACACCUCCAUGUACGACUUUGAUGCCUGUACCGCGUCCGCCUCGGGGGGUGCUGGUGGUGCCGGCAAGAUGGCCCCCAUGGUGACUGCCGAUGACCUCCUAAAAAGCUUGUCCCCAUACGCCGGACGGGGUCCAGCGCCACCCUCGGUCGGCCCGAGCCAACCUUUCAAAAUGGACCUGGCAGAACUGGACCAUAUCAUGGAGGUUCUGGUGGGUUCCUGACCUGCCCGUCUCUUCCCCCACUGCGCAAAAGGAAUCAAAUUCCAGUACGAGAACAAAUAGCCGUUUUUAUGUAUUUUUAAAAAUGUUUCGUUGUUUUUCUAAGACCUGCUGUUAACACGGUGCUUGUGUGCUGCCCCUCGGCCGUCCGCUCUGAACGUAUGACAUGAAGGAAACGCGGCAUGUCGGCGGCUCCUGGAAGAUACCGGUGCCUUGAUCUGUGAACUACUGUUUGUUCUGGUCUCUCCCUCUUUUUCCCUUCUCCGGUCGCCGCGAAACCGUACUUUCGCUGACGUAUUUAGUCGCUUCUUGAGGAGAGCACCUCCUUCUGUUGGAAGAAUGAACUUUUUACUUGUCAAGCACAAAUAUUUAUAUGGGGGGGAAAAAUUGCAUGUUUUUAUGAUAUUAUGUUUUCCCUUUUUCAGAAAUGAUCAAAGCAAGUGUUUUUUUCUUUCUUUCUUUUGUCUUCCUUUAUUUCCUGGUGAUGAGUAUUCGGUCUCCCUGAGAGAGAUUUGGCAUUGUAUUAAGUUUAUGUUUGGGUGGGAUUGCUUUUCUCAUCUAUUUGGAUCUUCUGUUGCUGCGUAGAAGACUGUUUUGUACUUUGACGCAGUUUCAUGUGGAUUUGAGAUGGAGCAGGGGAUUCUGGGAUGGCUCAACUGGGCACCAGUUCCACCAGCAGUUGGUUACCAAUUCAUGGCCCAGCCUUUCCAUCCUGGUACUGUGUGGGGUGAUACAGCUCAAUUUGUACCUCACCCUGGUGACUGAGCGUGGUACUGCCUCCCCUUGAAACUCUGAGAAAAAUAUUUCUCCUAGAAGAUUCCUGCCCCCCAUGCAUGUUAAAUUGUGCAUAUCACCACCUAUCCAUGGUGGUAGGGGGGUCAUUUUCCAUAUGCACACAUUUAGAUUGGAUUCAUUUUCAAAUUUAAUAUUUAUUUGGGGGGAAUACAGUAGGAUAGGCUUUAUUAACAACCAUAAACCUGAAAUAGCCAUAACUAAUGAUAUAUGUACAGAAUCGUACACUAACCAGAAUAUGUAACUUUUUCCCAACCAAAGCAGAAAAUGUUUUUUUUUAAAAAACUUUUUUAAAAAAAAGGCAUUUUAUUAUUCACGCAGGAAAAUAAUGAAAAUGCUUUCCAGCAUUUGAAGCACUACAGGACAGUAUCGGGAACGCUACGGAAUUUCUUGGGCGCGCUGCGUAAAAAAGGAACUGGAAACGAGGCAAACUCGGGAACUUUUAAGAACGAGUCACGCUGCGCCGUUCGGCGUCUGAUUGCCGAAGGUCGCUGGUCUUCCGGGAAUCCAUCCAAUGAAAGUCCGACAACACGCCGAAAUACUACCCUACCAAGGCGUUUUUUUUCUUUCGAUGGUUUCGUCGGUACGUGAAACCUCUGACAUCGGGAAAAAUCUCAGUUCUGACUGUAUACGUAUCUGUUUCUAUUAAUUUAUUUAUUUACGUACAUGUCUGUUUGCUUUUUUUACAGUAUGUCAUCCGGCCACUAUUAAAGCUCUCCGCUCUCUCCUUGUCUCGUCCGGCACUUACUAAUUGCAGGGGUGCUGGGCGCCCGAAAAAUGGUCAGUUCGGUUCGAGGUGUGCAGCUGUCUUGCUCCACUGGGGGUAAACUGGUAUAAAUGAUGCGCAGGUCCUGAAGCCACACGUGCCACAGCACGGUGCGCGUUCGUAAUCUAAAUUAUUAGCACAGCCUGGUGGCCUGUGAUUUUCAAGGUCAGUCCUCAACUCAGAGAAGUGUUUCCAGGGACCAGAUUAAUGUUUUAUGAUAAAUGCAAAUGCAUUUUAUUUGCUUUGGCGGUUCAGAGCGUACAGUCCCUCAAAUCCAUUCCGAGGCAUCGUUAGCAAAGCGACCUGCCAGAUCGAUGCGCUGUCUGCACCGCCACGAUAAAACGCCGGCUUCAGGCCAGAAAGCUCUAGGUUUCUCGGCCUUAUUAGCUGCGCUAAUAUAAGGGAAAUUUAUGCUCGUUUUGUACCUGCACCCAAAAUCGAUCGUGAUAUUUUCGUCAGCCCUGACCAUAGCUCGACUGUUUUUUUCUUUAAAAUACAGAAAUCAGAACGUUAACAGCGUUUUUCCCGGCGCUAGCCGUAGCAGGGAAACCUAGCUCCCUGCGAGGUGACCGGCCUGAGUCCGUCUGGGUUUGGAGGCUUGGGGUCAAUGGGGAGAGCUGAGCAGGCAGCGUGACUAAUUCAUAAUUAAUGAUAAUUUUUAAGUGUUUGAUUUUUUUUGCAGUGAUUGUUUUGUUCAGUUAUUUAUUCUUUGUUUCUAAUGUAAAUAUAUUUAUUUUUCAAUGUGACGCUAACAUGGGGAUUGUAACUUGUACAGAUCGCGCUGUAGGAAUGUAUAUUAAGGAUUGAAAUGAGGUGGAUGGUUCCUGACGUCUCCUUCUAACCUUGAUUUGAUGAUUAUUUAUGCCCAUGAACCUGUCUGUGGGAAGAGCUAUGGUAUCCAGAAAUGCAUUUUUAAAAGUCAAGGUCCUUUACAUCAGGUUUGGAAUCCAAAGCUUAUGUAGAAAUACUAUGUAGUCAAGCGUUAUUUUUUUUGUUCUGAGGACUUCUUGUUUGGUCUGUUGUGUUAUUCGGCUUUUACUGAUUGCAUUUCAUUUAAAGUCGUCAUUACUGAUGUCUCAGCUGCGAGCUGUGCAGGCAAUAUGCAGGAACAUGGGCUGGUUAUUGCGGCCGCUGUGACUGUGUGCAACAAGGGGGUGGGAAGUGGGUGUGUUUUUCCAGACCUGGGCGCUGUGCCUUUUUCUAUGCAAUAUAUACAUAUUAAAUAUAUAUAAUCCGAUUGAUCGGAAAAAAGAAAAUCGACAUUACCAACAAUCGGCCGUGCGAAAAGGUCGCGAUGUCAUGUCGCUGUAUCCGCGUCAUAUUUCGGACUGUUGGACGUAUUAAAAAUGGACGAGCGCGUCUGAAUUUGAAUCACUCUUACUUUUGUAGUUUUAUAUUAUUCAAUAAACCGAUGAAAACAG